CAUGACAACCAUUCAAAAGUCUCUUCUUCUAUUUCAUAUUCUUUUGCUCUCCUUACUUCCAGUGAGGAUCACAUCAUCUCCAACAACACAAGCCGAAGCUCUCAUCAAAUGGAAAAACAGUCUCUCUCCCUCUUCAUCUCUUAAUUCAUGGUACCUCACCAACCUCAACAAUCUUUGCAACUGGACAGCCAUAGUUUGCCACACCACAGGAACUAUCUCAGAAAUAAAACUAUCCGAUGCAAACCUCUCUGGCACACUUACCCAAUUUAACUUCACUUCAUUUUAUAAUCUCACCCACUUGGACCUCAACAACAACACACUUGGAGGAUCGAUACCACCAGCCAUCGGCAACCUCUGGAUGCUCACUUACUUGGACUUGGGAAACAACCAGUUUGAAGGAAACAUACCUACUGAGAUAGCACAGUUGACAGAGCUUCAGUAUCUUAGUCUUUACAACAACAGUCUCAAUGGUACCAUCCCCUAUCAACUCAGCAAUCUUCCAAAGGUAUGGUACUUAGACCUUGGAGCAAACUACUUAGUAUGUCUUGAUUGGUCCAACUUUUCAGGCAUGCCUUUCUUGACCCACCUCAACUUAAUGCUCAAUGAACUCACUUCUGAAUUCCCAGAGUUCAUAACAAGUUGCCAGAAUUUGACAUACCUUGACUUGUCUCAGAAUUAUUUGACGGGCCCAAUACCAGAAUUGGUAUAUACCAAUCUGGGCAAGCUCACACACUUCCACCUGACUAACAACAUAUUCCAAGGACCAUUGUCAUCAAAUAUUUCCAAGCUUUCCAAGCUCAUAGAACUUUGCCUAGGAAAUAAUAAUUUCUUUGGUCCAAUUCCUGGAGAAAUGGAUUUGAUGUCCGAUCUUCAAACACUUGAAUUGUAUAACAAUUCAUUCCAAGGGAUGAUUCCUUCCUCAAUAGGCCAACUCAGGGAGCUUCAGUCCCUUGAUCUUCGAAAAAAUGCCUUGAAUUCCACAAUCCCUUCUGAGCUAGGCCUUUGUACCAACCUCACCUACUUGGCCUUAGCAGUGAACAAUCUCACUGGCCUGCGUCCUUUAUCAUUGUCCAAUCUGACCAAAAUUACCAAUUUGGGUUUAUCUGAUAACUCUCUUUCUGGUGAUAUUUCACCUAAUUUAAUUGCCAAUUGGACUCAAUUAGUCUCAUUGCAACUCCAAAAUAAUCAGUUCUCCGGGAAAAUUCCAUCAGAAAUAGGCCUGUUGACAAAGCUAAACUAUCUUCUUAUGUACAAUAAUACGCUCUCUGGAUCAAUUCCCUUAGAGAUAGGAAAUUUGAAAGAUCUAUUUGCUUUAGACCUUUCAGGGAACCAGCUUUCCGGUCCAAUUCCUCUGACAUUGUGGAAUCUCACAAACCUUCAAGUCUUACAGCUUUUCUAUAACAAUCUUAGUGGCAUACUUCCACCAGAGAUUGGAAAAAUGAAGUCUUUGGUUACUCUUGAUCUCAACACUAACCGAUUGUAUGGACAGUUGCCAGAAACCAUUUCUCAACUAAAUAGUUUGCAGUCAUUCUCUGUGUUCACCAAUAAUUUCUCUGGCAGCAUACCCACUGACUUUGGGAAGUAUAGUCCUGAUUUAAGCUACAUUAGCUUUUCAAACAACAGCUUCUUUGGGGCACUGCCAUCUGAAUUGUGCAGUGGUUUUGCUCUUGAAGAUUUAACAGUGAAUAGCAACGGAUUUACAGGAUCCUUGCCAGAGUGCUUGAGGAAUUGUUCGAAGCUACAUAGAGUCCGGCUUGAUGGGAAUAAAUUCACUGGAAACAUUACAGAAUCCUUUGGAGUUCAUCAAAAUCUUAAUUUCCUCGCUCUUAGGGACAACCAAUUUGUUGGUCAUCUCUCAUCAAUGUGGGGAGAGUGUAGAAAUCUCACCAAUUUACAGAUGGACAGAAAUAGAAUUUCUGGAAAAAUCCCUGUUGAGCUUGGGAAGUUAACCAAAUUGCAAGUUCUAACGCUGGACUCGAACAAACUGUCUGGGGAAAUUCCAGAUGAGCUGGGAAAUCUAGGCCUGCUUUACAGGCUUAAUCUGAGCCAGAAUGAUAUGACAGGGGAGCUCCCUAAGAGUCUAGGCAAUUUAAGCAAGCUCCAGCUUCUUGAUUUUUCAGAGAACAGCCUGACUGGUAACAUACCAGUAGAGCUUGGCAAUUGUAAUGGCUUAUUGACCUUGAACUUAAGCCACAACAAGAUAUCUGGUGGCAUACCAUCCAAGCUUGGCAACCUAGUAUCACUGCAAUAUAUGUUGGAUCUCAGCAGUAAUUCCCUCUCCGGAACAAUACCUCAAAACCUUGGAAAGCUUACAGCGGUAGAGUAUCUCAAUCUUUCACAUAACCACCUCUCUGGGAGAAUCCCCGAAGCAUUAUCAAGCAUGGUUAGUCUACAUUCCAUUGAUUUUUCUUACAAUAACUUGACGGGUGAAAUCCCAACUGGUAAAAUUUUCCAGCAAGUGCCAGCAAAAUCUUAUGUUGGAAACUCAGGUCUUUGUGGAAAAGUAGAAGGAUUAACUCCCUGCAGUCCAGUAUCCCUUCCCCACAAAUCCUCAAAUACUAAGAAAAAGGUCCUUAUUGGUGCCAUUGUUUGGGUUUCUGGCUUAUUAUGUCUUGCAACUGUUAUUGUUGGAAUUCUAGUAUAUAGUCGAACCACCGAGUUCUAUGAUGAAGAGGGUAGUAGUAUAAAGUAUGAGAGAUUUGAAUCAAUGAUAUGGGAAAGAGAAGCAAAAUUUAUGUUUGGGGAUAUACUGAAUUCCACUGAGGACUUCAAUGAGAAGUACUGCAUUGGGAAAGGAGGAUUUGGAAGCGUUUACAAAGCGGUGUUGCCAACAGGUCAAGUUGUAGCAGUUAAAAAGCUUAACAUAUCAGACUCUAGUGACAUUCCCACAAUAAAUCGCCGAAGUUUUGAGAAUGAGAUACGAACUCUAACAGAGGUUAGGCAUCGACAUAUCAUUAAGCUAUAUGGCUUUUGUUCCUGGAAAGGAUGCUUGUUCUUGGUUUAUGAAUAUGUAGAGAGAGGUAGUCUAAGAAAAGUAUUGUAUGGGGUGGAAGGGGAAGCGGAACUAGGCUGGUCUACAAGGGUGAAAAUUGUGCAAGGAGUGGCUCAUGCUAUGGCCUACUUGCACCAUGAUUGCUUUCCGCCAAUUGUGCACCGGGAUGUGUCUUUGAACAACAUAUUGCUGGAAAUGGAAUUCGAACCACGGCUCUCAGAUUUUGGCACUGCGAGACUAUUAAGCUCAGAGUCAUCCAACUGGACAACAAUUGCUGGGUCUUAUGGUUACAUUGCUCCAGAACUGGCACUCACAAUGAGGGUCACAGAUAAGUGUGAUGUUUAUAGUUUUGGAGUGGUGGCAUUGGAAGUCAUGAUGGGAAGGCAUCCAGGGGAACUUCUAGCAUCCUUGUCAUCAUCAUCAUCAUCAUCGACUACAACAACCUUAUUUGAAAACCAGGAAUUGCUUUUGAAGGAUAUUCUAGACCAACGCCUUCCUCCUCCCACAGGUCAAUUGGCAGAGGCAGUGGUGUUUGUUGUCACCAUAGCCUUAGCAUGUACGCGUAGCACUCCAAAAUCACGACCAAAUAUGCGUUUUGUUGCACAAGAACUAUCAGCUCGAACCCACGCUUUUCAGUCUGAGCCGUUUGGCAUGAUUACUAUUAGCAAGCUAGCAGGCUUUCAAAAAUAAAACACUCUUUGGCUAGUGAGUGUGUUUUCUGGAUAUGGCCUAGGAAGGGUUGUGGCUAUGCUUACUAAAUCCUAGAUUUUUUUUUUGGAAGAAUACUAAAUCCUAGUUCAUAAUCUUAGGAAGUUAGGAUCAAAGUUUUCUUGAAAUGGCUUGUGUAAAUUUUUUUUUCUAA